CCCCCCCAGAGCUCCGCAGGUUUUUCACAUCUCACCGAGCCUCGUUGUUUUUUCUCCGCAGCCGAAGUGAUGUCUGUCGCGGGGCUGAAGAAGCAGUUCCACAAAGCCACCCAGAAAGUCAGUGAGAAGGUUGGAGGAGCAGAAGGAACCAAGUUAGAUGAUGACUUCAAAGAAAUGGAAAAGAAGGUGGACAUCACCAGCAGAGCGGUGCUGGACAUCAUGACCAGAACCACAGAAUACCUGCAGCCAAAUCCAGCUUCCAGAGCCAAGCUGAGCAUGAUCAACACCAUGUCAAAGAUCCGCGGGCAGGAUAAGGGGCCCGGUUACCCGCAGGCAGAGACCGUCCUGGGUGACGCCAUGUUGAAGUUUGGACGGGAUUUAGGAGAAGAGUCCUGCUUCGGCCUGGCGCUGAUCGAUGCCGGCGAGGCGAUGAAGGAGCUCGGGGAGGUGAAGGACGCGCUGGACAUGGAGGUCAAACAGAACUUCAUCGACCCUCUGCAGAACCUCCAUGACAAAGACCUCAAAGAGAUACAGCACCAUUUGAAGAAGAUGGAGGGACGCCGUCUGGACUUUGACUACAAGAAGAAGCGUCAGGGGAAAGUCCAGGACGACGAAAUCAAACAGGCGCUGGAGAAGUUUGACGAGAGCAAAGAGAUCGCAGAGCAGAGCAUGUUCAACCUGCUGGAGAGCGAUAUAGAGCAGGUGAGCCAGCUGGCAGCACUGGUCCAGGCCCAGUUGGAGUACCACAGCCGCGCCGCCGAAAUCCUCCAACAGCUCUCCAGCAAGAUGGAGGACAGGAUAAAAGAAGUUUCCAGUAAACCGAGGAAGGAGUUCGCUCCCAAACCCAGAAUGACCCUGGAGCUGCUGCCCCCCAGUGAGAGCCACAACGGGGGGAUACACUCUGCCAAAUCCCCUGGAAGAUCACCAGAAAAGCAGCUGUGUCUCUGUCCCCUCACAGCCCCCAUGGACCAGCCCUGCUGCCGAGCGCUCUACGACUUUGAGCCGGAGAACGAAGGCGAGCUGGGCUUCAAAGAGGGCGACGUCAUCACCCUGACCAAUCAGAUCGACGACAACUGGUACGAGGGCAUGAUCAACGGCCAGUCGGGCUUCUUUCCCAUCAACUACGUGGAUAUCCUGGUGCCCCUCCCUCAUUAG